AUGUCGACAAUCGCAGCACAGUUCGCCACAAGGGGCAAAAAGUGCAUCGCCAUUGGGCGCAACUACGCCGCCCACAUCAAGGAGCUCAACAACGCCACCCCGACAGAGCCCUUCUUCUUCCUCAAGCCCACGUCCUCGUACGCCCUCACCCCCGACUCCAAGGUCGAGAUCCCGCGGGGAGUCGUCGUCCACCACGAGGUCGAGCUCGGCGUCGUCAUCGGCAAGGGCGGCCGCGACAUCUCGGCCGCCAACGCGCUCGACCAUGUCGCCGGUUACACGCUCGCUAUCGACUACACCGGCCGCAACAUGCAGGACGCCGUCAAGGCCAAAGGUCUUCCAUGGAGUGCGGCCAAGGGCUUCGACACGUUCUGCCCCGUCGGCAAGUUUAUCCCCAAGAGCGAGAUCGAGGACCCGCACAACCUGCGCCUGUGGUACAAGAUCAACGGCUCGACCAAGCAGGACGACUCGACCGGGCUCAUGCUGUACCGCAUCCCGCAGCUCAUCGAGCACGUGUCGGGCAUCAUGACGCUCGAGGAGGGCGACCUCAUCUUGACCGGCACGCCUCAAGGCGUCGGCCCCAUCGCCGAGGGCGACAAGGUCACCGCCGGCCUCGAAAAGCCCGACGGCACGGUCCUCGACCAGCUCGAGCACGUCGUCAAGGCGCGCGAGGGCGGGUACGAGUUCAAGGGCAAGUAGCGCUCCGUCCUGUGUGUAGUCUAGAGGAGCCUUAGAAACGAGAAAGCGUCACGUUCCGUCGCCUUGUCACUC